GUAUAAUAUGUAAUGCAAUAGAGUUGUAGGUCAGCCAAUGUUGAGGUGCGCUCCGAUCUGUUAGUCGUCCCACUUAUGAGUUGUUGUGCCAUUUCUUUUACAUACAUCGAGAGGUCAUUGUAUUGAAUCAAUUGAUUAGAAGAUUGUGUUCAUCAACACAAACACCACCGAAAAAAUCAUUGAAUAAAGUGUUCACUAAACUAAUCAUAACUAAACAGUUUGUGUGUCUCAAACAACUCAUACAAACUAUACUACAAUUAUGAAGUAUUUGUUGGUUUUAUCCAUACUUUUUGUAUCUAAUUUUGAUUUCGGGCACAGUCAGGCCCGGGCAGGACAGGCGGCACAGAAUUUAUGCCGAAACAAACAAAACGGUGUUUUUCCUCACGAAGAAUAUUGCGAUUAUUACUAUGAAUGUGAUGCAAGCGGUGAAGCCGUGAUAGAGGCCUGUCCUAAUGGACUGGCAUUUGCUGGACAUAAGCGAGGACUGGUGACAAACUGUGACUAUCCUCAUAGAGUUGGCUGUCCCGAUGGAACCCGAGUUAUGGGCCAGCAACCAAUUGGUAGUGACAAUUGCCAGUGGCAAUAUGGUGUCUUUCCUCACGCCACCUCAUGUACCCGCUAUUGGCAUUGUUGGAACGGUACUGCAACCAUACAACAGUGCCCAUUCUCACUGCUCUACAAUGAUGUCAUCCAUUCAUGCGAUUGGCCCGACAAUGUACCCGACUGCCAAAAGCACCCUAUUUGCAAGGAUGUGCCCAACGGUGCCGUUCUCAUUGAAAAGAGUUGCGUUCGUUACUGGCUUUGUGUCGGUGGUUACCCACGUUUACAGAGAUGUCCAGCAGGUCUAGCCUUCAAUCCAAACACAUUAAGAUGCGAAUUGGCUACAACUGUUCAGGGAUGUGAACCGCCACCGACUACCGCUGCACCCGAUGAAGAAGAGGAAAGUGAUGCCAAUAAGCCGGCCGCCAACUCCCGACCCCAACAACAAGCUCCGACUCCACAACAAUUCAGGCCAUCACAGUCUGGUGUACGACUUGUUGGCAAAUAAUUGCUGUUUGUUUGGAUUAAUGAUUUUAUUUAAUCCAAAAAAUAAAAGUCAAUUGAAAUGUAAUGCCAUAAUACUAUG